AUGAAUAUAUCAGAUUUGAGAGCCAAGCUAUACAGAAUGUUUUUGAAUAUCUAUAAGCUGUUUGAAACUGACAGACAGAAGAAUAACAAUUAUAUAUUUGCAAAACUAUUCUUGAUAAAUAAUGAGUGUGCAUUGCAGUAUAGUGAUAUUGGAAUUCUGAAUAAUAGUACUUUAAAGCUUGUUGACAUUAAGAAUAUUGACUUGGAGUAUAUCUAUAAUCUUACAAACAAGAUAUCUGAUAUUAAUAAAGACAAUAGAAAUGACAGAAAUAAUAAGAUUCAUAAAGCCAACAGAGAUAAUAGAGAUAAUAAAGAUGAUGAAGAUAAUAGAAAGAGUAGUUCUCAUGUUCUUGAGAAUACAGAGUGUGAGAAGGCCAGAAAAUAA